AUACAAAGCGCUGACUUGCGAUUUUAAUGCAGCACUAGAAUCCAUCAUUUCUGGAAAUUCAAGCUUUAGGAAAGAGACAUUGAUUGCCCGUAAAAUAAAUAGAGGAAAAUUCUGGAAAAGAAUUUUCAGACUUAUUUGCGUUUAAUUGGUGAAUUAAUUGAAAGUAAAGAAUUAAAAGUUAAAAUAAGCAUUAUGAAAGCUGACGGCCCAGAUGGUUUUCACAGCUGGAUUGUGGCUGCAGGUUGUUGUGUAUUGUAUCUUCUCAUGUACGGUAUGACAAGAAUAUCUGGAUUGCUAUUCGUGGAGACGAUGUCACUGUUCGAUGUUGAUAGGGAAAGCUCAUCUUUCCCGUAUGUGUUCGCUGUCACCAUGAGGUAUGUGUCGGGUCCUAUGUCAGGAUUCCUUGCUCGGAGAAUAGGAAUUCGCUAUGUCGUCAUGCUCGGAUGUUGCAUGGCGUUUGUUGGGGUCGGAGCUUGCAUGUUUGCCAAAAACAUUGUGGUAGUAACCAUCUUGUGGGGAGUCAUACAUGGGAUGGGAGCAGGCUUUGCAACCUGUUUAAUACCUCAAGUUGUGAAUCUGUACUUUAAGAAAUAUACCACAAAAGUUUAUGGCUUGACUUACGCUGGUUCGUCACUGUCAGGAUUUGUGCUUACACCUAUAACCGAAUUCCUAUUACAUACUUAUGGCUUACCAGGAACAUAUUUAAUUUUAGCUGGGCUGAUACUAAAUGGAUUAGCAGCAGCUAUUCUCUUGAAAAAACCUGAUUUCAAAAUUACUAAUUCUGAGCCUGAAUGCCAGAUUACGUUUGGUAAUAAGUCAAUGAAGGAAUAUGAAACAAAUGAUGUUGUCGUCGGUUUGGGAUAUCGGCUUAUUCCCCAUUAUUCAUUAAUAAAUACAGAAGCAUCAUCAAACAUCAAAGAUAUUAAUGAUGGUACCAGGAAAAUAAUUGAUGUUUCUGUCAUUAACCAUUUGAUAGAUAGUAUGGAAUCAAAUAAUGAUGUGAAAAUAAAUAAAGAAUUUAAUGAUGAUGUGAAAUUUAAACAUGAAGUAAAUCUGAAAGAUUCCUCGAAGAAACCCGAUGCGCAACUAAUAUCUCAAGGUAUUGAGCCAUCAUCACUUGAUAUCAGUAAAAACGGAAAAAAAGAUUCAAAAAGCAGUUUGAAGCAAAUUUUAGAUCCUAACGCUCUUUCUAAAAAUACUGAUUCAAGUGAGUUUUUAUCUAUUUCAAAGAAAGACGAUACAAAAUUUUAUAAAAAUAUCAAAAGACGAAAUGGAAUAUUUGCCUCUAAGGACAACAACAACUAUUCCAGAAAUGAAUCGCCAUCUGUAGAUAAUAGUAUAGACAAUCCUGUUCUUGAUGGCGAAGACAGGAAAAAGUCUUGGAUCAAUGACAUAACUAUAUUCAAAGAUCCUGUGUACAUUAGUCUCUGCAUCGGGGAAGCCCUGUCUACCUUCCUGUUUGUUGUAACCCCAACAAUUCUUGUUGACUACGGUCUGGACAAAGGUAUUCCUGUCGAAGAUUCUGCAUACCUGUUGAUGGCAUUUUCUGUUUGUGAUAUGUCGGGUAGUCUAUCCCUUGGCUGGAUUAUAGACACCGGUAUUUUAUCGAAGGCGCACUUCACAGCUGUGUGCUUCUGCGUGUCAGCCGCAAGCUUUGUUCUUCUAGCGUUUUCUACCAGUUAUACGAUGAUGUUGUUUGGGGUCAUACUGGAAGGACUGUCUUUAGGGGCACUGGCACCUAUAUUUCCUGGAAUAAUAGGAGAAUACAUAGACAAAACUAAGCAGACUGUUGCAAUAUCGUCAAUAGGUUUCUUGUAUGUGCCAGUCAGUUUCACAGUGUCUCCGUUGAUUGGUUAUUUCCGUGAUUAUAUAGGUUCAUACGUUUAUAUGUUCUAUUUGAUGUGUGGCAUAUCCAUCACCUGCAGCCUUCUUUUUCUAUGCAUGCCUAGAAUAGCGAAAUGCCGGACCAGAAGUUGAAAGAACUUAUCAACCAUCAUUCUUUCGGAUUCUUCAUCUUCAUCGUGAUUUCCCCCAACUUCAAUUAGCGAAACUAAUUACAUGAAGAUUACGGUGCUGACAUCUUCAUCUUGAUGUGUUUAUAUUUCCCUUUGUGUAAAUAAGUUUAAUUAAUCAACAGUCAUCAAAAUGCCUUCUCAAUUCUACUUAUUACUAUUGUUUAUGAUCUUUAAGAAUACAUUCAUCAAAGUUCAUUAUUCAACGGAAAAUCGUGUUGCCAUCUUUCAGAAGAAAGAACAAUUUUUUUCCCCCUCAAGUCGCAUGGAAUUUUCGUGUCGAUAGAGUUAUCUUUGUUCUAAAGAAUUACUUCAUUGCAUAAUAUAUUGUUAUUGAGACCUUUGAACUUGUUUUUAUCAUUUAAAACUUUUAGUCUGUACGAUUUGUAAUAAAGAGUGGCUAAGCUUUGAUAUACCGUCAUUUGGCGAACUUGCGAGGUUGACAAUUUGGCGUUUUUGCUACCGUUACGCAAUUGCUGCGUUCGCACCACAUUCGGCCAUUUCGCUAAAAUUUGGCUAUUUUUUUUGGCGAAAAUGACUGUAUAUCAAAGCUGUUCC